CGGAGGGCAAUGGCUUUCUCAGCGCCAGACCAACCAUUCGAGAGCCCGCGGCUGGGAUCUGCAAGAACAAAACGCCGAGGGGAGCAGGGAAACGGAGCGGGUGGUCGCGCGGCCGCGGGGGUGUCGCGAGAGCCGCCGGGGUGUCGCGAGAGCCGGGGCGGCCCCUCGGCGACGCCGUAGGCCGGGCGGGCCGGGCGCGCUCCGCUGGGCCGGCGGUUUGGGCGGGCUUGCUUGGGCCGGCGAGGGCGCGGGGCUCCGGGGCUCGGGGCUCGCCCCGCCGCUCCGGGCAGGCGCGCCGAUGGCGUUUCUGAGGUGACGCUGCGCACACCGGCUCUCUCCGGGGGCGGAGGAAACACCUAUGAACCCUUCGGCCUCCUUCCUGGCCGGGCGCCAGAACAUCGGGUCAGAAGUUGAGAUUUCCACUAUCGAGAAACAACGGAAAGAGCUGCAGCUGCUCAUUGGAGAAUUAAAAGAUCGGGACAAAGAGCUCAAUGAUAUGGUCGCGGUACAUCAGAGACAACUUCUUUCAUGGGAAGAGGAUCGGCAGAAAGUGUUGACUUUGGAAGAACGUUGCAGCAAACUAGAAGGUGAACUACAUAAAAGAACUGAAAUAAUCAGGUCACUCACAAAGAAAGUAAAAACCCUUGAAUCUAACCAGAUUGAAUGUCAAACUGCUCUUCAAAAGACUCAGCUACAGCUUCAGGAAAUGGCUCAAAAAGCAACCCACUCUGCUCUCCUCUCUGAGGACCUUGAGACCAGAAAUGAAAAUCUCAGCAACACAUUAGUGGAACUUUCUGCUCAGGUGGGACAGUUACAAGCUCGGGAACAGGCUCUCACCACCAUGAUUAAGCUCAAGGACAAAGAUAUCAUUGAGGCAGUCAAUCACAUUGCUGACUGUUCAGGGAAAUUUAAAUUGUUGGAGCACGCUUUACGCGACGCUAAGAUGGUGGAGACUUGCAUUGUGAAAGAAAAGCAAGAUUACAAGCAGAAAUUGAAGGUACUUAAGGUCGAAGUCAAUAAACUGAAAGAGGAUCUAAAUGAAAAGACAACAGAAAAUAAUGAGCAACGAGAAGAGAUCAUACGCCUCAAGCAAGAGAAAAGUUACCUGCAUGAUGAACUGGUUUUUACUGCAGAGAGAGAAAAAAGAAAGGAUGAGUUACUCGAUAUUGCAAAGUCAAAGCAAGAACGCACGAACACAGAACUGCAUAAUAUGAGACAGGUACGUGCCCAGUUGCCCUGCUCUAGUUGGUGGGGAACAUUUACAGACAUCACAUUAGCUGAAGUGUAUGCCAGAUGCCACCAUAGCAGAGACAUGUGUUUAUCAGACCUUGAAAAUAACCACCUUAAAGUCGAUUUUAAGAGGGAGAAAAAUCAGAAGUCACUGGUUAAGGACCAAAAAUUUGAGACCACGUUGGUUCAGCAAAAUAGGUCAGACAAGAGCUCUUGUGAUGUGUGCAAAGAGAAGCAGCUACAGGUUAAUACUUCAUUUGGGGGAAAAAGUGUAAUUGCUAUCUCAUCUGUAUUUGCAAAAGACUUAGUGGAGAAACAAAAGUCUCGGUCUCUGGGAGAAAAAAUGCAGACUGAACCCGAAAACAAAAGUACGUUUUGCAAGAUCCACACAAAAUCACCCAAGGGUGAUGGAAUUGGGGUUCAGAACGAAGAGAAACAACCCUCGGAAACAUCAACAUCUGUGUCUGAUGAGAAGUGGCAGGACGUCGGUGUUUACCUGGGCCUGGCCAGCGGUCCUGGCUCGAAACCACCAGAAAAGCUGGAUGUUGAAUGUCCAGAUCACAUGGAAAGGUCUGGCGUCUCAUGUUGCCACAAAAAUGAAGCCUGUCUGGGUGAAAGUGACACGUGGGAAUCCAAGUGCUGCCACCCGAGCAACUUCGUAAUUGAAGCCCCGGGCCACGUGUCCGACGUGGAGUGGAUGAGCAUCUUCAAGCCUCCUAAAGUGCAGAGGGUCGUCCGCCACAGAGCUGUGUGCACUUGUUCGGGCAGUGCCAGUGGGACCAGGUACAGCUCCUCGGCGAGUGAGCUCAUUGCCAUCCAGCAUUCCCGCUGCUUGGGUUCUUCAAAAUCUGCCGUAAGAGAGGACGAGAAGCUGAUGGAGACAGAGUCCUCUCCUGAAAAACAGAACUUGUCUAAGAUUUUGUUAGUCAACAAAGAUGCAGCGCUGCCCAGUGAAAAGGACGAUUUUUCUCCCACAAGUAAGCUGCAGCGUUUGCUGGCGGAAUCUCGUCAGAUGGUCACGGACCUGGAGCUGAGCACCCUGCUCCCCAUCAGCUCUGAGAACCUCAGCAGCAGUGCCAAAAAAAAUGGAGAAGUCUCAGAAGAUUCAGCUGAAAAGAACACCCUUCUCAGUAACUGAAGAAAACAGUUGUUGCCUUCAGUAUUCCCUGUGAUCGUGGAAGCCGAUUUCUCAUCCAUGUGGAAGGCAGGAAGCAGACAUCCAUACCUAAUACUUAACCUUGAAAACAAAAAGAGGGCUGUAAUCCUUCAUAAACAUCAUCUAAUACCAAAGAGGAGCAGAAACUGAAAGUUAAUUGUUAAACAUCUAUAUUUUGUUUGUUUUCAGGUUAACCAUUUUCACUGUGUAAGAAAUUAGACCUUCUUGUAUGUUAUGUAUAUAAUACGUAAACUUGGGAUUAUGCUGAGAGAGAAAAGAUAUUCUCCGUAAAGAUGCAGACUACAGUUAAAUACCAGAGGAGCUCUUUAAAAGUGUGAACAUCAAAUAGAGAAUCCCUGCUUAUAAAAUGCUAUUUUAACUAUCUGAUUUAAAAAAAAAAAACCUGUGCAUUAUAUUUAAAUUAUAAACCAGUAGCCUAUCAGAGUCAGCAACAAAUAUAUGAGAAAUAGUAUCCUCCUGUGGUUUUGGCCCCGGACUUUGCUGUGUAAAUAGACAUAAAAUGAUAUGAUAUCAAAUAUUUUUAACUGGAAACUGUCUCCUGGUUUACUGACAGUUGAGGUCCUUCUGUCCCAAAAGCUGAGUGGAGCCCAUCUUGUCUGAGUCAGUGGUAGUCCUGUCACCUUAUACAAGCAAAAGCUUGCUGGAGGAUCAAGUUUUAUGUGCAUUUUUUUUUAUCGUUAAAGACUAAAACACUUCUAUUUUAACUUGUAAAUUAAUUUAAUUUUUUAAGGAAUAUACUAUGUGCCUCUCUGUCCCUUCUAAGAGAAUGGAUCAGCUUCAGU